AACAAAUCCCUGUGCUUCACCUUUCGAGCACCGCUCAAUACCGGCUGCUGGAUAGUCUGUAUUUUAUUGCUUUUAAAGGACUCAUUGAGGAAGUCUUCAUGGCUCCAAAAUGUGCCCAUGAUGAGGAAGUUGUAGAUUCGUGGGAAGAUGAUGUACUACCCGAAGAAGACGCUAUGAACGCAGAUGUUACAUCAGAAGUUCGACCCAAUAUGGUAUCUAGGCAAAAACCCACGGAGAAUCGCAGUAACUCGGAUUGGCAGAAUGUUGUCGUUGAUAAUCCCUAUUCAGCCACCUUCGACGGGCGUCAUCUUCAGACUCCGAAUCUGCAACAGGAAAGUCGACGGCCGGAAAAACAGACGGCUGUGGCCGGUCGAAUGAUAGCAGGUGCCCUCGGGGUACGUGCACCGAAAAAAACAGAUGAACAAAGAGCAUACGAACGCGCGGUGAAGGAAAGAGAAAUUAAGAGGCGUAAUCUAGAACGCCAGGCUCAAGUCAGGGCGACCGAGGAAGCCGAAAAGGCUAAGGCCGCCAUAUGGGAAGACUAAAUGCCUCUGCUACAGGAGUCCCGCUUUGCCUAUGCAUUCUCACAAAAUAAAUUGCAUACUUUUCUAAACGCCGAAGCUUUCGGUCAAUCUACGUUCAGGCAAAACCGAGAGUGUAUUUGAGAAUUCAGGGCGUAGAUCCAGAACUUGGUAUUUGGAAUUAUAAGAGACCCAACUAUAUUGGAAAAGAAUUGAGGGAUUGACGCCUGAGGCGCCAAAUGU